AUGGCCUUUGCAGCCCGUGGGUCCGGCCCGCCCCGCCCCGCACUGACACCUCCCGCCCCCGCAGACGCCGAGAUGCCCCGAGAGGCGCUCCGUUUCCACGCCGAGGCCGUGGGCGCGCAGGUGCGUCUGGACGCGCAGCGGAGCACAGCGCGCAGGCGCGCCACGUUCCAUGGCGGCAUCGUGUUCAGCCAGCGGCCGGUGAGGCCCGGAGAGCGCGUGGAGCUGCGCGUGCUGUGUCACGAGCGCGGCUGGGUUGGCGGCCUCCGCGUGGGCUUCACGCGCCUGGACCCCGAGCGGCUGACCGCGCCCGGCCUGCCGCCCUUCGUGUGCCCGGACCUGGAGCAGCAGAGCCCGACGUGGGCGGCCAUGCUACCCGACGGCUGCGGGCUCACCGGGGACGUGGUGCGCUUCUGGGUGAACCGCCUGGGCCGGCUCUUCGCCCAGGUUAACGCGGGCCCCCGGCUCCUGCUGCGCAAGGGCGUGCUCAUGGGCGCCCCGCUCUGGGCCGUGAUGGACGUGUACGGAACCACCAAGGCCAUCGAGCUGCUGGAUCCUACAGUCAGCGCCCCCACCCCCACCACGCCAUGGGUCUUCAGUGGUGAGCCUCUGCCUGAGCCCAAAGCCACAGCAGGAGAGGAGUGUGCCAUCUGCUUCCACCAGGCUGCCAACACCUGCCUUGUCCCCUGCGGCCACACACACUUCUGCAGCUGCUGUGCCUGGCGGGUCUUCAGGGACACGGCCAAAUGCCCCGUGUGUCGCUGGGAGAUUGAGGCGGUGGCCCCGGCUUGGGACCCUCCUGCCCUGGGCCCUGGUGUAGGUGCACAGCUCUGA